CGUUCUAAUUCAAAAUGCAAUUAUUCCAAUGGUUCAUUUUAGUCAGCAUUUGUUUAAUAAACAGUUAUGCAAAUGCAAAUAGAGAUUGGACUAUAGAAGAUUCUGAACUGUUGGCGUUACAUAAUGCCUACCGACAGGGUGUAAAGUAUGGUAAAGUCCAAAAUCAACCACCUGCAAUGGACAUACCAAAUCUUAUGUGGUCUUACGAACUGGUUAACAUUUCUAAGAGUUGGGCGACAACAUGUCAACCGUAUCCAAGUAAAAUUACAAUGAGUGGUGAUGGUGAGGCAGGAUGGAUUAGUGUUGGUCAAAAUGUAGCUGCUGUUCCAAACGUUAGAGAUGCUGUGGCCCUCUGGUUUAAUGAAUAUUCAAACUAUGACUUCGAAGCAAACAAAUGUAAAGGGAACAGAAAAUGCGCAAAUUACAAACAGUUAGUGUUCUCUGAGACAACACAGGUUGGGUGUGCAUACAAGAGAUGUGAUAACUUCAAAGCACCAAAUGAUAUUGUUGUUGUGUGCAGUUACGGACCCGGUGGUGAAUACUUCUCACGAAGACCCUACACAGCUUCCAUUGAUCCACAGGAUGAAGAGGAUGUGUUUUAUGAAUUUUGAUGUAUUUCACACAUGGAUGUAAUUUCUUUAGAGAUAAACAGGACUUGUUUCAGUUUGUAAGUUUCAAAUAAAUAAUUUCACUCC